AUGGUUCACGUAUAUUCUAGUCAGAGACCCGAAUUCGUUCGUCGUGUUGGUAAGUAUAUCCUGGAAGCUCAAGAAGAGGCCCUUAAGGACGAUCCAAAGGCUCAUUUCAUUGUUGGUAUUUCAGGUGGAUCCCUCGUCAAGACUCUUUAUGAGGCACUUAUUCAAGAUCAAGAGUUUGCACCAAAGGUUAGAUGGUCCCAGUGGCAAUUGUACUUCGUUGAUGAAAGAAUUGUUCCACUAGAUGAUCCAGACAGUAACUAUGGUGCUUUUAAGAAUGGUGUUCUUAACCCUCUAGCUCACAGCGGUGGCCAUUUGAAUUUGGGUCCUACCGUUUUUGCCAUUAACGAAUCUCUAGUUAAUGGAGGUCCAGCUGAAAAGGACCAAUUAGCCAAGGAAUACGCUGACGAAUUGCCAUCUUCACCCUUUGACCUACUGCUACUGGGUUGCGGUCCUGAUGGCCAUACUUGUUCACUGUUCCCAGGUGAAAAGCACCGUUACUUGCUUGACUUGAAAGAACCAGUGGCCCACGUUUCCGAGUCUCCUAAACCACCAAGUGACCGUAUUACUUUCACUCUGCCAAUUAUCGAGCAAUCUAAUCGUGUGGCAUUCGUGGCUGAGGGAGAGAGCAAGAAGCAAAUUAUGCAUGAAAUUUUUGACAAGCACGAUACAAGCUUGCCAACUGCCAAGAUUAACUCAUUGAUCCCAACAAAGGUCUCGUGGUUUGUGGAUCCGGGUGCAUGGCAAUUAGUACAAACCGUUAAACCAGAAUAA